AUAUUAAGAGUAAAUUUAAUAAAUGGUCCUUCAUAUAACAUUACUUAUAAUUGUGAAGAAGCUAUAUUGAACACAUGAUAUUUGUGCUGUUUCCUUGCUCUGCCCAAAACCUUGCAAUAGCUUCCUUUCACUCUUAGAAUAAAAUCCAGCCACCUAUUAUUUGGCCCCUGCCUCCCUGUCCAGCCUUGUCUUCCCACUUACUCUUUUUUAUUUAUUAGGAGAUAUUUAUGUUUCUUUUUUUUUUAAAUGUCUAUUUAUUUAUUUUUGGCUGCGCUGAGUCUUCGUUGCUGCGCACCAGCUUUCUCUAGUUGCCACGAGCUGGGGCUGCUCUUCGUUGUGGUGCACGGGCUUCUCAUUGUGGGGGCUUCUCUUGUUGCAGAGCACGGGCUCUAGGGCGUGCGGGCUAAUUUAGUCCUCGCCAUGUGGGAUCUUCUGGCCCAGGGCUCGAACCCGUGUCUCCUGCAUUGGUAGGUGGAUUCUUAACCACUGCGCCACCAGGGAAGCCCCCCACUUACUCUUGAGACACUAAACUUUGGGUACACUAUCCUACCUUCAUUAUCUAGAAUAGCUAUGCUUUACUGUCCCCGGGCCUUUGCAUUCCUUAUAUAUGGAAUCCUCCCAUUUUAGUUUUAGCCUGGCAAACUUCUUCUCAUCCUUCAUAUUCCAGAUUAAAUGGGACAUCUUUGGGAAACUUUCUGAAUGCCCCCAUUGAGUUAGGUCUCCAUAUUGUAUACUUCCAGUGGACUCAUUAUACAUUUCCUGUAUAGUACUGUUUAAACAUCUGUUUAAAUUCUGUUCACCCCAUUAGAUGGGAAACUCUAUAAGAUAUACAGACAUAGUCUGUCUUAUUACCACAAUACAUCUAACUUCUACAAACGCAAUAAAUAUCGGUUUCCACAGGUGAAAUACAGUUAUGCAGAUUAAAGAGUUAAUACAGAUGAAACCAGUAAUCAUAGAAUUACUGUGAAAUAGGAAGAGGAGAAAGCUCUGUGUUCCUUGAGUGAGUGCGAAAAUGUGGAAGGAAUUAGGCAUUUGUGGUCUCUGGAUAUAUCCCCUGACAUGAUCUAUUAUAAUUUUUUAUCACCUUGCUUGAGGUUGUCUUUUCGUAGCAUUUUUCUGACUAUAAAUGCAACUCGUGUGCAUUUUACAAAAUUUGGAAAAUAAAGAAAAACACAAGUAGGAAAGCGAAGCUUCAUCACUUAGAGCAAAAUCUUGUAAAACUUUUUCUGUAAUAAUUACAGGAGGUGGGGUGAGUAGUUCUAGCAGGUGCCCACUUCCGCAAAAUCAUGGAAAUGGGACUCUACCAGGGACAGUCACUUCUUUUAGAUAAGAGCUCAUUUCUUCUCCCUAGAUUGUGUUUAUUUGAACCAUAUAACAGAAGGAAUUCCUACAGUAGCAUCAACUCGGUUUGAUAAAAGGGAAUAAGCGAUUAAAAAAAUCAAAACAAAAAGCCCAGCAAACAUCACCUUCUCCAAGAUUCUGAAACUGUGAGCGAACGCACGGUGGCGCUGUUGACUAAGAAGGAGAAAUAAACCGCAGGCACUGUGUACAUACUCUGUAACACAACGAUUCAGUGCAGUAAACUAGGGGUUGUGAGCCGGAGCAGAUUUUUAAGCAAGCAAAUCUAAGACUCUGGUAAGGAUUAUUCGCUAGGUUUUCUUCAAAGGUUAGGAGGCAAAAGACUGCGUUUCCCAGUGCUGUUGGAGGCUAGCUUGACAAUAUUUCUCGGAAGAACAUGGCAGAAAAUGCAAUGGAGGCCGGAGGAGAGCGCUUUCUUAGACAAAGGCAAGUCCUGUUUCUCUUUGUUUUUCUGGGUGGGUCUCUGGCUGGGUCCCAGUCGAGACGCUACUCUGUGGCUGAGGAAAAAGAGAGGGGGUUUUUCAUCUCCAAUCUAGCAAAGGAUCUGGGGCUGAGUGUAGGGAAACUGGCCGCGAGAGGGGCCCAAGUUGUGUGUAAAGGGAACAGACAGUAUUUUCAGCUCAACCAUCAGACCGGUGAUUUGCUCCUGCAUGAGAAAUUGGACCGGGAGGAGCUAUGCGGCUCCGCAGAGCCAUGCAUACUGCAGUUUCAGAUAUUACUGCAAAAUCCCUUGCAGUUUAUUACAAAUGAGCUCCAGGUGAUAGACGUAAAUGACCAUUCUCCAGCAUUCUCUGAAAAUGAAAUGCAGCUGAAAAUCCCAGAAAACACUCCACCAGGAACAAUAAUUCCUUUGGGAAAUGCUGAAGACUUGGAUGUGGGAAGAAACAGUCUCCAAAACUACACGAUCACUCCUAAUUCCCAUUUCCACGUUCUCACACGCAGUCGUAGGGAUGGAAGGAAGUACCCAGAACUAGUACUAGACAAAGCACUGGAUCGUGAGGAGCAGCCAGAGCUUAGGUUAAUGCUCACUGCGCUGGAUGGCGGGACUCCACGGAGGUCUGGGACCGUCCAGGUUCACAUCCUGGUCUUAGACAUAAACGACAACACCCCAGAAUUUACACAGUCCCUCUAUGAGGUUCAAGUUCUAGAGAACAGCCCCGUUAACUCUCUUAUUGUCACUGUUUCAGCUUCUGACUUAGAUACAGGAAAUUUGGGGACAAUAUCAUAUGCAUUUUUUCAUCUUUCUGAAGAAAUUAGAAAAACUUUUCAACUAAAUCCAAUUACUGGUGAUAUCCGACUAAUCAAAUAUUUGAAUUUUGAGGCGAUCCAUACUUACGAAGUGGACAUAGAAGCCAAGGAUGGUGGAGGCCUUUCAGGAAAAUCAACGGUGAUAGUUCAGGUGGUUGAUGUGAACGACAACCCACCAGAACUGACCUUGUCCUCAAUUACCAGCCCUAUCCCAGAGAACUCGCCAGAGACUGUGGUGGCUGUUUUCAGUGUUUCCGACCUAGACUCUGGAGACAAUGGGAAAAUGGUGUGUUCCAUCGAGAACGAUCUCCCCUUCAUCCUGAAACCAUCUGCAGAGAAUUUUUAUACCCUAUUGUCAGAAGGAGAGCUGGACAGAGAGAUUAGAGCUGAGUACAACAUCACCAUCACAGUCACAGAUAUGGGAAUCCCCAGGCUGAAAACCGAGCACAACAUAACUGUGCUGGUGUCCGACGUCAACGACAACGCCCCCGCCUUCACCCAGACCUCCUACACCCUGUCCGUCCGCGAGAACAACAGCCCUGCCCUCCACAUCGGCAGCGUCCGCGCCACAGACAGAGACGCGGGCGCCAACGCCCAGGUCACCUACUCGCUGCUGCCGCCCCUCGACGCGCACGUGCCCCUGGCCUCCCUGGUGUCCAUCAACCCGGACAACGGCCACCUGUUCGCCCUGAGGUCCCUGGACUACGAGGCCCUGCGGGCGUUCGAGUUCCGCGUGGUCGCCGCCGACCGCGGCUCGCCCGCGCUCAGCAGCCAGGCGCUGGUGCGCGUGCUCGUGGUGGACGACAACGACAACGCGCCCUUCGUGCUGUACCCGCUGCAGAACGCCUCGGCGCCCUGCACCGAGCUGGUGCCCAGGGCGGCCGAGGCGGGUUACCUGGUUACCAAGGUGGUGGCGGUGGACGGCGACUCGGGCCAGAACGCCUGGCUGUCGUACCAGCUGCUCAAGGCCACGGAGCCCGGCCUGUUCGGCGUGUGGGCGCACAACGGCGAGAUGCGCACGGCCCGGCUGCUGAGCGAGCGCGACGCGGCCAAGCACAGGCUGGUGGUGCUGGUCAAGGACAACGGCGAGCCGCCGCUCUCGGCCAGCGUCACGCUGCACGUGCUGCUGGUGGACGGCUUCUCGCAGCCCUACCUGCCGGCCCCGGAAGCGGAAGCGGCGGACGCGGCCCCGGCCGCCCCGCUCACCGUCUACCUGGUGGUGGCCUUGGCGUCUGUGUCGUCGCUCUUCGUCUUCUCGGUUCUGGUGUUCGUCGCGGUGCGGCUGUGCAGGAGGGGCGGGGCGGCCUCGGUGGGUCGCUGCUCGGUGCCCGAGGGCCACUUUCCGGGCCACCUGGUGGACGUCAGCGGCACGGGGACCCUGUCCCAGAGCUACCAGUACGAGGUGUGUCUGAAGGGGGGCUCUGGGACCAGCGAGUUCAACUUUCUGAAGCCAAUUGUGACCAAUUUUCAGGGCCAUUCCCCUGGCCCAGAUAUAGAAGAAACCCCCAACUUUAGGAAAGAUUUUGGUUUCAGUAUUCAGUGACAGCAAUUGUGUUUCACGUUCCAUAUAUUUUAAAUUGAUGAUACUUCAAGGUGAUGGUUUUUCUGGCAACCUAUCAUGAACUUUUAAACUACAUUAAACUUGCUUGCAAAUUUUGUUUUAAAGAAAGCUAUCUUUUCUUCAUUACUGUAAGAAGAUUAAUGGUCCUAAAUCUUGCCUCUCAAAACACUGUUGAAGUCAAUAAAUGUACAGGUUCUUUCUGGCAUAGCUUAGAAAUGUGUUAUGAAAAAAAACAGUGGGAAAUUAAUUCUAUAUAAUCAGUUAUAUUUCCUUGAGUUUUUCUUAUUAGUUUUUAAACCAUUAAGUACAUAAGAGCAGUACUGCACUAACACACUGAAGCAUGCCCAAUCAGGAAGGAGAGAGAACUGGUACAGUGAGAAUUUGGCUCUUACUUUAUUCUGCUCUCAUAGCACUUUAUUCUUAUUUUCUCUUAUUAAUUGUAUAUUCAUUAAUAUACCAGUGUUAGUUUUAAUAUAGUUAUUGUAAUUGCUUUCCAUUUAGUUUCCCUGGUGUAAAAGGGGAGAAAAAGCUACACUGUGUUUAUCCAGUGUGAUGAAAGGGCAUAGAAGGAAAUUGGCUUUUCCCACUUGAGAAACAUUGGUCAUAUUGUGACAGAAAAUGCAGUAGCUAUCCAAUCUCCAUUCAUCUUUUCUUCUUUGGUAACACACUCCAAAUUUCAUUUAGAGCAUUAGUGUGCUUAGUCAAAAGAACGUUUUCCCAGGCUCCUUGGCAGCUAAAACGGGACAUUUGACUACAUGUAUAUGCAAAUGUUGUUAGAGACUUCCAAGAAGGCCAUUAAAAGGGAGGUGACUCAUCUAGGAAGGGGUCGCUUUUUGUCCUUCUCUACCUGCUUCUUGCUGCUUGGAAUGUGGGAGUCUUGGUUGGAACACAAUCAGUCAUGUUGAGCCAUAAAGCAACACUAAGGAUGGAAAUAAUGGACCAAGACAAUCAGUAUAGAAUAAACUGAUUGACGAGGACCCCUGAUAAUCACAGUUACCAUGUCAUCCCUGGAUUGCUCACUUCUGAGCUUUUUUUACAUAAGAAAUAAAGGAACUUCUAUCUCAUUUAAGCCACCAUCAUUUUAGUUUUGUGCUACCUCCAGUGGAAUCCAAUCCUAAUGCUUUCACAGUAAGACUUUUUGUUAAAAUGUUAUAUAAUACGGUAAAAUGGACAGAUCUUAAGUGUGUAGUUUGAUCUAAUUGAUCUUUGUCAAGUUUUCCUUGAUUUCUAAUUUACUUAAGAGUACAGAGUGCUUUACAUUCAUUAUCUUUUUAAUCCUCUGCCAAACCCUAAGGAAGUUGGCAUGUUAUUUCCUCUUUUACUUGUUCACAAUUAUGAAGUAAUAAAAGGAAAAAUUUGGAAUAUAUUCUAAGUCUACUUGAAUGGAAUGUUCCAGUUCUUAACCAGUACGCUAUCACAGCAGGCAUUAACUGGUGGCAUUGUCUUCCUAACCAAGGAAGUGAAAUCCUUCUAUUGCAUGAAUUGAACUCCUAUACAGAAAUGUAACUUUUAGUCUGUAGCUUGAUUUUGUUUCUAUACCAGAGAUCACACUGCUCUGGACCAAUAAACCCAAAGUUCUUACAGAAGCACUGACCUAAGUAAGCUGGGUCAGGUACCACAAUUGACCUUCAUCAUGAUCUUAUCAGCCUGAUUACCUUCCUGUACCUUCUCAACAUAUCACAUUCAUAAUUGCAGAAAUGAAGGCCUUAAACAGGGAGUAGAAUUACCCUAUGGUUGUAUUUCUUGAGUUUUUUUGUACUAUUCCUUCAGUCUUUUUCUGUCAGUCCUAAUAUAUAUUUUCUCUUUUUUUUUGAAAGUUUAUUAUAUACAUUCUGUAAGUCCCUUGUUCAAAUUAAAUAUACUGUAUUCAUUUUAGCGCACUAUUUCUUUGAAAGCAGUUGCUAUUCUAGAAUUAGCUCUAAAUGAAAUAACUAAUUUCAGAAAAGUAUAGGCAAUGAUGUGGAGGAAUUUUUAUCACUAAAUAAUUUAGAGAUUCUGGAAAUUAAAUAGAAAUAAAGAUGAUAGGCUCCAGUUAUUUUCUAUUAAAACUAACCAUAUGUCUUUGACAACGCCUCUUAAAAAUUAUGCUGAAAAAAGAUGUAGAGGGUCAUAAAUGACUUUAUUCUGAAAGGAUGGCUCACAAGAGCCGAAUCAGACAUUCUUCAGCAUUUGCUGUGAUAAUCCAGUUUUGUAGAGUGAUGAAUUUUUGUUGACUCAGAUGCUGGGUGCAUGAAAUUUCAUGCUUAUGUAUUCAUUUUCUAUUUCUACUAUUAAAAAUUAUCACAAACUUGGUUGCUCAAAACAAUAAAAAUGCACUACUAUAUA